AUCUGUUAUUCCGAUCCCAAUAGCUGUUUAAAAUUGUGUAUUUUCUCUAAAUGAGCUGAUAUCAUGGUCGACAGUAUUAGAAGUGAAGAUGGCUCCAAAUGGUCUCGUACCUUCUGCAGCAAUGAAUGGAAUGGACCGCCUGGCGCUAUUGUGCAAAAUGAAUCUAUGAAAGCAGUAUCCGAUGCUCGACAUGUUCGAGAAAAGCUGGAUAAGCAGAGGCAGUUGGUUGAGCAGAAGCAGAAGCAAAAGAGACAGAUUCCAGGAAUGGUUCAUGCUUCAGAUUCGAGACCUCAGACAGCUAGAGGAUGGCGAGGGAAAGAAGAAGCGAAACCUCUUAUGUCUGGAUAUAGCAUUAACAGGAAUAAUCCAGGCGUAGUGCUUUGCUAUGAUGGACCUUUGCAAUACACCAUGUCCGGCAAUAAUCCGGAUGCUAUGCCGGCUAUUCAAGUUACGUCACAAGUUUCCAAAACAAAUGGAAAUGAUGAAAAGGAGGAUUCACCCAAACCAGAAGUUCUUCAAACAAAACUGGAAGCUCUAAACUUGUCGUCACAAGUAGAUUUCGAUGCAAGUGACGAUGAAGAUAUGGACAUGUCACCAAUCGAGUCUCUUUCUUCACCUGAAGUGGACCCUGGGCCUAGUUCGAUUGAAGCCCGGACAAAUGACAACACGCGAAAUGGUCGCCCACCUUUGCAGAGGCAAAAUUCUUCAACAGGCUCUUCCAUCGACACUCCGAAAUUGCAAAGCUUGGAAAUGGACGACUGCCUCGGGAAGUUAGAGAACUAUUUGGAGGAUCUUCCCACUUUUGCAACCGAACCUUGCCCUGAGGGAGUGACUGUAAGAUGCCGAAUCACGAGGGACAAGAAAGGCAUGGACAGGGGAAUGUUCCCAACCUAUUUUCUGCACCUGGAGAGACAAGAUGGUCGAAAGGUGUUCCUGCUUGCAGCUCGGAAACGAAAAAAAUCUGCGACUUCAAAUUACCUGAUUUCUGUUGAUCCAACCGAUUUGUCAAGAGGAGGAGAAUCAUUUGUCGGAAAACUGAGAUCCAACCUGUUGGGCACCAUCUUCACUGUAUAUGAUGCUGGAUUCAAUCCCAAGAAACGGAUAAGCUCGGAGAAAGAUUCACGUUGCGAAAUUGCUUUGAUAUCAUAUGAGACAAACGUUUUGGGAUUUAAAGGACCCAGAAAAAUGUCUGUUGUACUCCCAGCUCUGAACAAUGAAAACAAACGGAUAGAAGUAAAAUCAAGCGCUGAGGGUGAAGGUCUCUUAGAGAGAAUGAAGAGCAGAAAAAUGGAAAACCUUCUCGAAUUGCAGAAUAAGACCCCACAAUGGAAUGAUGAAACUCAGUCAUACGUUUUGAACUUCCAUGGACGUGUGACACAAGCAAGUGUAAAGAAUUUUCAGAUCGUUCAUAUAAAUGACCCCGAUUAUAUUGUCAUGCAAUUCGGCCGCAUAUCUGAUGACGCUUUCACAAUGGAUUAUGGAUACCCUAUGUGCGCACUCCAAGCCUUCGCAGUAGCUUUGUCGAGCUUGGACAGUAAACUGGCCUGUGAAUAACCAAGUGGGGACUAAUAAAGAGGAUUCAUUUUAUGGGAACUGUGAUACCGUGUAUCGGUAAUCGUUUGGCACUUCGUGUAUUUAUUUUUCUCUUACUUAAUAUAAUUAUUUGGAUAAAUCUGUCAAGAUUUCUUUUACACUUAUUUGUGAUUAUUUAUUUAUGAUACACGAGAUUAAUUAUUUAUGUUUUCCGUACGGUUUCCAAAUAAGUAAGUUCUCACUGAACGUGCAAUUCACAUGUCCAAAUGAAAGUGAUGUCGAGCAUUUUCUUGUCUUGUUUUUUUAAUGCUUUUUACUAUGAUUUUAUAUUUUUAUAAAAAUUUGUCACAAAACAUAUUUCUGUGUACAACACAGAAAAUUUCAAAUCUAAGAAGAUAGUAGAACAUGGAAAAAUUAUUGCACAAUUUUAAAAGUUGUAUCUUAUUUUAGCUGUUUUGUUAUCAUUAUUCAGUACUUUCAUACAGUUGAAUAAAAUUCUGUCCUGAAAAUUUAUUUAAAGUAAUCUUCAUUUUUGUUUUUUCAUGAAAUUAUGUACUGGAAAAUUUUGCUAUUCAAAAUUGAUCUUUGUAGAUUACAUUUUCUCUCAAUUUUUACAUCAAUAUUAAAAUACCAGACUUCAGCCUGUACAACAGAGAAUAUCCGAGAUACUUAAUUUCAAAGCGAAGAUAAAAUCUAAAGAUUUUGAUUUAAUACUUUGCAUUUUUAUAUUUUUUUAAUUCGGUUGUGGAGAUUGAGAUAAAAAAAAUCUCUCUCAAAAUAAAUAUAAUUUGAAGAUUAAUUACUUUCAAAUUUCGGCCGUACGAAUUAAUAGCAAAAAAUAGUUUCAAUCCAUUUAUCAAAUGAUUCCAUGAUAUAUUUUAUUAUUCAGAACAAUUCAACAAUAUUUUAUUAUUCAGAAAUAUUCAGAACAAAUACUGGAGAUUAUUAAUUUGUGGGUGAAUUCCAACAUCUUUCAUAAACAAUAAACAUUUGUUUAAAAUACAGAACAAUGAAAAUCACCAUAUACAAUAAUAUCUAUUCUUUGAUGAAAUGAAAAGCUUAUCCUCUGAAAUGACUAAAAACAGAUUAUUUAUAUUUGUAUAUCAAAUUCAGGUGCACAUUUGGGUCUUUACAUUUCUAUAAAAUAGAAAUGAGAUAUAAUUUAUGUAACUCCAGUCAAAUUUUAAUGACCUUUGGGAAUUCAUCGCUUUCCAUUGUUAUUAUUUUUCUCAGUUUCGUUUCAUUCAAAUCGUAGUUUCUAAAAGCAACUGUUUAAAUAUAUAUAUAUAUAUCCUUUAUAAAACAAUAUAUAUACAUAUAUAUAUAUAUAUUGUUUUAUAAUUAUGAAUUAUAAAUGUCAUUAAAUUAUUUAAUUAUGAAUGUCACUUGUCAAGUGUUCCCCUUAGGCAUAUUAUGCAGUUAGAGAUCCCCCAACUUUUGUGUGUGGUUCAAUACUUCUUAAAUGUUUAAAUAUAAACUAAAUUCUCAAUUUAAAUGCAAUAUAUGUUUCAAAUAUCUCUUUAUUGUAAUGAUGUUUGAAUAUGUGUUGAUAUUCCGUUAUGUUUGUAUUUAUUUGUGAAGUUUAUUUAUUAAUGUGCUGUGUUAAAUUCAAGUGUUUCACGUUUGUAUCUAUCUAGUCAUUGUGACGAAAAUGAAAAAGUGUAUGUUAUCUUGUGAAGAACAAGUGUUUAUUGCAUAGAAUACUUUGUGAUACUUAUUUCAAUUGUUGUUCAAUCAUGUUUUCAGAUGUUACGUAAUUAAUUGGUCUUUGAUGUUCUGUUCUUACCCUGUUUCUGCUGUUAAAAUGUCUUUCUUGAAAAUAAACG